CUUGCAGACGGCCCUUUCUUCUCGAAUCUUCUACGGUCGAGGUAGGCUCAAAAGUAGCCGCCUUUCAUCGUCUCUCUGGGUUUCACCCUAAAUUUUAGGGUUUUGUUCUUGAUUAAAUGAAGCAAACUUAAGUUGGGGUUUACAGGAAAAGGGAAAUUUUGUGAAUGGCGAAGGAUCAAUCUCUCUGUGUGAAGGAUGCUGUUCAUAAGCUCCAACUUGCUCUCCUGGAUGGAAUCGAAAACGAGAAGCAACUAUUCGCAGCUGGGUCUUUGAUAUCUCGUAGCGACUAUGAAGAUGUUGUGACGGAGAGGUCAAUCGUUAACCUGUGCGGUUACCCCCUCUGUUCCAAUUCUUUGCCCUCCGAACGCCCUCGAAAGGGUCGGUAUCGCAUCUCUCUCAAGGAGCACAAGGUCUAUGAUUUGAACGAAACAUACUUGUUUUGCUCUACUGGGUGUGUUGUGAAUAGCAGAACUUUUGCCGGGACUUUGCAAGAAGAAAGAUGUUCAGUCUUGAAUCCUUCUAAGCUUAAUGAAAUUCUGAGGCUGUUUGAGGGUCUGAUUUCGGAUGGUUUGGGGAAGAAUGGAGAUUUAGGCUUGUCAAAUUUGAAGAUUCAGGAGAAUGUGGAAACAAAAGCUGGGGACGUGACUCUGGAGCAAUGGAUGGGUCCUUCAAAUGCUAUUGAAGGAUAUGUUCCGCAAAGGGAGAGAGUUUCCAAAAUUUCAUCUUCCAAAAAUCAGAGAAAAGAAGGUUCUAGUGCUAAUAGUACAAAGACAAGUAUUAAGAAUGAAGAUUUCUUUCUUAAUGAGAUGGACUUCACAAGCACUAUAAUGAUGAAGGAUGAAUAUACCAUUUCGAAAACAGAUUCAGGUUCAAAAGAGAGUGUUUCCAGUGCAAACUCUAAGGAAUCAGGAGAAAAAGGAGUUCUUGAAGAGUUUGAGGAUCAAUGUGCAAUAUCAGGAUCGUCAUCUUCUUCCAGGAAAAAAGGUUCUGACAAGAAAUCUAAAGAAUCUAAAGGAAAAAUUAAAGUGAUCCCUAAAGGUGAACCUAAGGUUGCAGAGGUGCCUUCAACUUCAAAUGCUUACCAGAAUGGGUCUUAUAUGGGAACUUCUGAAGCAGUGAAAGAACUACGUGCUGAGAAAGAAGCCAUAUCUUCUGAGACCAUGCCUAAACCUUCUCUUAAAUCUUCAAAUGCAAAAAAGAAUAACCGUUCUGUAACUUGGGCUGAUGAUAGUACUGCAUGUGGUAAUCUUUGUGAGGUUAAAGAAAUGGAAACAACCGAGGGAAGUUCUCGAUUUUGUGAUAAUAGUGUGAUAGAUGAUGGCAACAGUGAUAUGUUACGUUUUGAGUCUGCAGAAGCUUGUGCAUUGGCACUGAGGCAGGCUGCAGAGGCUGUGACAUUUGGGAAUUCUGAUGCCACUGAUGCCGCAUCUGAAGCUGGAGUUAUUAUAUUGCCACAUCCAGAUGAAAAUGAUGUUAACAAUGAUGAGUCUACUGAGGGUACCAAUCUGCUUGAACCAGAACCAGAACCAGAACCAGAACCAGAAAUUACACCUUUGAAGUGGCCUAAAAAGCCUGGGAUUCCAGAUUCUGAUAUGUUUGACCCUGAGGAUUCAUGGUUUGAUGUUCCACCAGAAGGUUUUAGUUUGACUUUGUCCACCUUUGCCACAAUGUGGAAUGCACUAUUUGAAUGGAUAACUUCAUCAUCGUUGGCCUAUAUAUAUGGGAGAGAAGAAAGUUCCCAUGAUGAGUAUAUGGCAGUAAAUGGGAGGGAGUAUGCUCGGAAGAUUGUCCUAAAGGAUGGUCGCUCUUCUGAAAUAAAGGAAACCCUUGCUGGUUGUGUUGCUCGAGCUUUACCUGGAAUUAUUGCCGAACUCAGGCUGCCAAUACCUGUGUCUACACUGGAGCAAGCAAUUGCACGCCUGCUAGAUACAAUGUCUUUCAUUGAAGCACUUCCAGCAUUCAGGACAAAACAGUGGCAAGUGAUUGUUCUUCUGUUUAUUGAUGCUCUAUCUGUAUGUAGAAUUCCUGCACUUACUCCGCACAUGACAAACAGGAUGAUGCUUCUUCACAAGGUAUUGGAUGGUGCGCAGAUAAGUAUGGAAGAGUAUGAGGUUAUGAAGGAUCUCAUAAUACCUCUUGGCCGAGCACCUCAUUUCUCAGCUCAGAGUGGGGGUUGAUUUCAGAUCAGUAGUCAGUACUUUUCCUCCCGACUAGUGAUGCGGUAUUUGGAAAACAGACAUCAGUCCCUUACUUUCUUCAAGACUUCUUUUGGAAAUUGUUGAAAAUAUACGUGAAGAUACUAACAAACAAGUAAACACUGAUGUCCAUCACCUGUGAUCGCCUUUUUGUUUUUUUUUUUUUGUAUUUUACUAUAUUUUCAUGUGAACUGUGAUGCAAAAACUUGGCACUUGACUUAUGCAAAAGGGCUCUUCUUCUGGAUAUGUUCCUUCCUUACUCUUUAGUAGAUGGUGCUUUUUUUUUUUCUUCUUCUUCUUCUUCUUUUGGCCAUAAAACGAUGCUCUUGUU